AUGGCACUAUCGAUUAAAUUUUUGUGGGUGGGUAUGGAAGCAGCGGGAGUGGGUGUGGCGGUUGAAGGCGGGCAUGGGAACAAUGUGAAAUUGUUGCAGCAGAAGAACCAGCAAGCGCAAGUGGGAACGGUGUCUCAGCUUCUCGCUGGUGGAUUAGCCGGUGCUUUUGCCAAGACCUGCACUGCUCCACUGUCACGCCUCACCAUCCUUUUUCAGGUGCAAGGUAUGCAAUUUGAUGUGGCAGUGUUGAGCAACCCUAGCCUUUGGGGUGAGGCUUCACGUAUUGUCAAUGAAGAAGGAUUUAGAGCAUUUUGGAAAGGCAAUUUGGUGACGAUAGCUCAUCGUCUCCCUUAUUCUGCAGUCAACUUUUAUGCUUAUGAACGCUACAAGAAUCUAUUGCAUUUAUUUAUGGGGGAGAAACUACAAGGAAAUACCAAUGCAAAUCUCUUUGUGCACUUCGUAGGUGGUGGUUUGUCGGGCAUAACAUCUGCUACAGCUACAUAUCCUUUGGAUUUGUUGAGAACACGACUUGCAGCACAGAGAAGUUCCAUGUACUACAGGGGCAUCUCACAUGCUUUUAAAACCAUUUACAGAGAAGAAGGGUUCUUGGGUCUCUAUAAAGGACUUGGAGCUACAUUGUUGAGUGUUGGGCCCAAUAUAGCUAUAAGCUUUUCUGUUUAUGAUGGCUUACGUUUUUUUUGGCAGUCCCGAAGGCCUGAUGAUUCUACUGUCAUGGUCAGUCUUGCAUGUGGCAGUCUUUCAGGAAUUGCAUCGUCAACAGUUAAGACUGCAUAUGCUGUUCCAGAUGUGAUACAUGCCAUUUUCUUUGGGAAAAUAAUUCUUAGCAGCUGCACUGUUUGUGACUACAGCGACAUUGACAAUGAUGUUGGUGAAAAUGGUGAUGAUAGUGCCCUUAAUCAUAUGAUUGCUUGUGUUGGCAUAAACUUUGUGCUGCUAGAAUUUGCAUGCCUGGUGACUUGGAUGUGGUCAACAUUUCCUUUGGAUCUUGUAAGGCGCAGGAUGCAGUUGGAAGGAGCUGGUGGUCGAGCACUUGUCUAUAAUACCAGUUUAUUUGGGACAUUUAAGCACAUAGUUCGGAAUGAAGGACUACGAGGUUUGUACAGAGGCAUUUUGCCUGAGUACUACAAGGUUAUACCAAGCGUGGGCAUUGUCUUUAUGACAGUUUCCAGGAAGCUAGGCAAUCUUAUUAGCAGUGGCUUGCAAGGUGAUGGCUCUGCUGGUUCUUCAUCUGGUGGCAUCAAUUCACAUCCUUGGGAUGCAGAUUAUCUCUUCCUAGCAAAACAGUUUAAUCAACUUGAUAACUUUCACCGCGGUUCCACACUAGUUGAAUAUUGUGUUAUCUCUUUUUUAACACCAAUGCAGAUCGGUUUAAGUGACCAUUUUGACAUAUUCCACUCACUGGUUCAAUGUUUCUUGGUGAAGUCAGUAACACUAUUGGGUGAAGACAAGGUUGUCUGCAUCCUGAGGUUUAGAGUAGCAUUUUUGGUGUUUCUAGCCUUGGGGUGCAGAUUCUCUCUCAUCACCAAUGCAGAACAGUUUAAUCAAUAG